GGCGCCGUGUCUGCUAGUGACAGUCAUAAAAUGAUGACUCAUCAGUCCGAUGGUGCUAUGGCAAUGCAGUCCGAAAAUACGGUGGAGCCUCUCUUCCAACUACUGGUCCACAAAGUAACAAUCGAGAACUUCGAUUUGAUGCGAGAUCUUGCACGAAGGAAGGCGUUGCCCGACUGCCCGGAAGACUCGGACGACUUUUUUGAACAAGGCACUGUUCUGUUUCUCGGUCCUUUCGGUCAAGCUGCUGGUUUGGAUCUUCAGCUGUGGCUGUGUCCUAACGGAGAUCGAGAGGACUGGGACGCACUGACAAUCACCAUAUCUAAUGAAGGAACGGAAGAUUUACCUGACUUUACCAAACUUGCCCUGCUUGAUUCGAAAGAUGGCAUGAAGGAGAUCUCUUCCUGCGAGACAGUUGGCAUAUGCAGGGCUAAAAGAGGAUAUGUCCGUUUUUUCUUCAACUGGACAGAGCAUAAUAUUUUGCGCGUGGGGAGCCGCCUUGUGUUGAAGAUGGAGAUGCGGUUUUUGCGGAGAAUGGUUCAGCUCGGGAGUGAACCGACCAAGCCGCAGGUGUCUUCAACGUUUCACCAAGAUGUUUUCGAUUACCUGUCUGACAACUUUUUUAAGUCAACCACUGAUAGAGUUUUUAUCGAGGUUACAGGCACAAGAAUUGUCUGCAGCAAGGCUCUUCUUUCCUGUCGCUCUCCUGUGUUCCAGAGGAUGUUUGCUGGGAACUUUCGGGAGGCCACAUCUGAGACCAUUGAACUGAGUGAUCUCGAUGUGGACACCGCAAUACUGCUGCUCAGCUGGAUCCAGACCGACAGGCAGAUUUCCAGGAGCCUCAGAGAUUAGCUGGGCAGCUUGUGUCAAGCUUCUAAUGGCCGCUGAUCGAUUUCAGAUACAGAGACUCAUUGAUUCCUGCAAUCGCCAGCUACGCCACCUACUUGCACGUGGCCUCGCGUCACUGCAAGAUGUUGUGUCCAUGAGAAAACUGAUUCAGGAGAAUGCAACACCUAUCACAUCACAGCUAGCGCGGGACUGUGAAGGAUAUCUUGCCUCAAAGGCCGCACUCGACCCCUCUCGGCUUUGGAGCGUCCUUGACUUCGUUCCCCAGUGCGCGAAGGCUGAUUGAUACAUAUCCUCGCGAGGGUCGCGAGGAGGCUUGACGCUUCUGACCCCCACAGAACACACCCACACGCCUAUGUCAAGAGGCUUUUGACCGAGCACGCAGCUCGUGCGAUGAUAAGGUGCUACCUGAAGCAGAUAAGAAUCAAUUCGAAAUGUACCUUGCAGCGGCACUUUGUUAGUUCAGAAACUGGGAAUUUCACCGUCAAACAGAUUCCGAAAUAUGUCUUCCUUCCAGGCACACCUUGUGUGGGACUGAGUUGUCCCUUUGUUGAAUGAACCAUGAACUACAUACUAGAAAGCACCCCUCCAGGAAACAAGAGGCAUAAGAGCCACAAAAGGGGGUCGCAAGCACCGAUGACAAGCGUCCCCAGAAUAUUUAGAAGCUUAGUGGUUGCGAAAUGUUGACACGAUCCCGCGUUGGCACCACCGGCUCUGUGUCACUUCACUAGCCGACCAUAACAUCCGAGACAUCUGCAGAUACAAUCGAUUCUAGAUGCUGUGGAAUGCACUUGAGCACGGAUGUCUCAUAUUGCCUAUAUCUUAGAGUC